AUUCUACUCAAAAUCCUAGUCGUUAAAUCAUAGGAGUAUCACCACUCUCUUUUUCCUACGGUAUAACCAUGCAAAUUGCGUAGAAUAUUUCUUGUUUUUUAGUAUGAUGGCAAUCUUUGUAUUGCGAUGGUUGUGGGGAUGUGUGUUUUUGGUGUUUUGUGUGGUCGUGUUCUCGGAUAUUGACAAUGGUGAUGUGGAGGCAAUUCGAGCUUUGAAAGAUCAAUGGAGAAAUACACCACCAAGCUGGAGAAGGUCUAAUGAUCCGUGUUCGUGGGAAGGUGUCACUUGUAGUGACACAAGGAUCAUCUCAUUGGGAUUGUCGAGCAUGGGAUUGGUGGGUCAGCUUGUUGGCGACAUUGGUGGGCUCACUGCGUUAACAUCCUUGGACUUGUCAUUUAAUGGUGGACUCACUGGUUCCAUAUCUCCAAGGAUAGGUGAUCUGAAAAUCCUUAGCAUUUUAAUCUUGGCAGGUUGUAGCUUUACAGGAAACAUUCCACCUGAAUUGGGAAAUCUUCAAGAGCUAUCAUUUUUGGCUUUGAACACAAACAAUUUAACCGGUGAAAUCCCUUCUUCAUUGGGAUCUCUCUCCAAACUUUAUUGGUUAGACAUCGCGGAGAAUCAUAUCACUGGAUCCAUUCCCAUAUCAACCGACACCAAACCGGGAUUAGAUCAACUAAAACAUGCUAAGCAUUUCCAUUUCAACAAGAACAGACUUUCGGGUGGAAUCCCCGAGCAACUUUUCAAUGGCGACAUGGUCUUGAUACAUGUAUUGUUUGAUGGAAACCAAUUAACGGGAAAAAUCCCGUCCACAAUUGGAUACGUGCAGACACUAGAGGUCCUUAGACUUGAUAGAAACGCCUUAUCAGGCGACGUGCCAUUGAACCUCAACAACCUUACGAGCCUAAGUGAAUUGAAUUUAGCUCACAACAAUCUAUUUGGAGAUUUACCCGACUUAAAUGGGAUGAACGUCCUGAGUUAUGUGGACUUGAGUAAUAAUUCAUUUCAUGGAUCGGACCCUCCAAUUUGGUUAUCUACCUUGCCAUCAUUAAGCACUUUGGUAAUGGAAUUUGGUUCACUUAAAGGAAAACUACCACAAGAUCUUUUCAGUUUAUCAGGAAUUCAACAAGUGAAACUAAAGAACAAUGAGCUGAAUGAUACAUUGAAUAUGGGAAGCAGCAUUAGUGAGCAAUUACAACUGGUAGAUUUGCAAAGCAAUGAGAUUGAAGCUGUGACACUGAGUAGUGAAUACAAAAACACAUUGGAACUAUCUGGAAACCCUGUGUGUGAUACAGCUCUAGCACACACAACUUAUUGCCAUGUUCAACAACAAACCUCAAAGGCAUAUUCCACAAGCUUAGCAAACUGUGGGAGUAAAUCGUGUCCAUUGGAUAAAAAACUCAGCCCUCAAACAUGUGAAUGUGCUUACCCGUAUGAAGGCACGUUGUACUUUCGUGCACCCUCGUUUAGAGAAUUAUCAAGUGUUAAUAUUUGGCAUUCUUUAGAAAUGAGCCUAUGGGUGAAACUAGGCCUUACACCUGGAUCAGUUUCCCUCCAAAAUCCGUUCUUCAAUUCGGAUGAUUAUCUUCAAGUGUAUUUGCAACUUUUUCCAGGAAAGGGUAACCAUUUUAACAGGUCUGAGGUUCGAAAAAUGGGGUUUUAUUUAAGUAAUCAAACGUAUAAGCCUCCUACAGGAUUUGGACCAUAUUUUUUCAUAGCAACUCCUUAUGACUUUUUCGAAGUCCAUGGAGGUGCUUCUAUAGGCAUUGUUACUAUUAUUGGGAUUGCUACUGGUAGUACCUUUGUGGUCAUGAUGCUUAUUGGGCUUUUUGUAUAUGCUAUUCGCCAAAAGAAACGUGCAGAAAAAGCAAUUGUUCUAAGUAGACCUUUUGCAUCUUGGGCUUCAGGUGGUAAAGAUGGUGGAGGUGCACCACAAUUAAAGGGAGCUAGAUGGUUCUCUUAUGAUGAACUAAAGAAAAGUACAAGUAACUUCUCCCACACCAAUCUGUUAGGAUCUGGUGGCUAUGGAAAGGUUUAUAAGGGAACGGUACUUGGAGGGCAAGUAGUUGCAAUAAAAAAAGCUCAACAAGCAUCCAUGCAAGGAGGACUGGAGUUUAAGACUGAAAUUGAAUUACUUUCACGUGUUCAUCACAAGAACCUUGUUGGUCUUAUUGGGUUUUGUUUUGAACAAGGAGAACAAAUGUUGGUGUAUGAGUUUAUGCGUAAUGGAACACUCAGAGACAGCUUGACAGGAAAAUCAGGAAUUUAUCUAGACUGGAAGAGGAGACUACGCAUUGCACUCGCAAAAGUUGCAGAUUUUGGCCUGUCUAAGCUAAUUUCCGACAGUGAAGCACACGUCUCCACUCAAGUCAAGGGUACAAUGGGCUAUCUAGAUCCCGAAUACUACAUGACACAACAAUUAACUGAAAAAAGUGAUGUAUAUAGCUUUGGUGUGGUAAUGCUUGAACUAGUAACAGCCAGACCACCUAUCGAAAAAGGGAAAUACAUUGUGCGAGAGGUGAAAAAGAAAAUGGAUACAACCGAUGAAGAGGAAUACGGGUUAAGAGCUUUAAUGGAUCCAAUCAUAAAAAACAUGACAUCAUUGAUAGGUUUUAAGAGGUUUAUACAACUAGCAAUGCAAUGUGUUGAAGAUUGUGCUACAGAUCGUCCAACUAUGAGUGAUGUUGUGAAGGCACUUGAGAACAUUUUGACUAACGAUGGACUUCAUACAGAUUCUACAUCUGCAUCUUCUUCUGCUACUGAGUUUGGGUCUGUGAAAGGCGCAAUUCAACAUCCUUACAGUGAAGCUACGCUUAAGAGGAAUGAGAGCUAUGGAUUUGAUUAUAGUGGUGGAUACAGUAUUUCGGCCAAAGUGGAACCUAAGUAAUGUAUUUCCGUGUCUAAAAAGCUAAUUUUGUAAUGAUUAUAUGUAUUUCGAAUCAUAUAUUGUAACAUGUUAUCCUCCCAACAUUUGGGAAGAUGUUUUCAGAUUCAAACUUUCCAUUGUCGUAAUGCCUAACGGAAGAUUGAAGUUACAGUUGUGCAUGAUAUCUUCAGUUCAAUGUAAAAAGCAAAAGGUUUGAUCACAUUACCAAUGACACACGGUUGAUACUUGAAGCAUUCGUUGAUUCCUUGGAAUUGAUUACUCAAUCUCGAGAAUUUG